GGCGCUUACAAUGUUUCCGCGGUGGCAUCAUUUCGUGGCGGACCACCAAAUGUUUACGGGUUCGAUAUGGAAUUUCCAGGCUGCUGCUUCGAGGACUCGGUGUUUUCAGAGACAAGGGAGCGGGUGCCACAAUCUGGGACACCUUACACCGCCCGACAGUGCGAGCCGCAGUGGUUUAACAAACACAUAAACAGUGCUGAUUGCACCGAGAUUACUACAGUACUGAAAUUCCGAGGAGACUUGGCAUAUAAACAGGAAGACUAUCAGAAGGCUUUGGAUGAAUAUCAGAACUGUAUCAUGGUAUUGCCAGGGACCAAUGCUGCUAUGAGAAGAGAUGUCCAGGAGAGCCAAGCACGCUGCUUGCUUCACCUAAGGAGAUAUACUGAAGCGCUACAGAUCACUGAAACACUGAAGAAAGUUGUAAGCAACACAGAUCACUUGACUUGUGCCCUGAACCUACAGAUAACAGUUUACAGCCAUUUAGGGGAUUUGGAUAAAACGCUAUCCUGUUUACAGCAGCUGGUCUCCUUGCAUCCAUUUAAUCCUUGGAUCUGGAAAAGGCUGGCAGAGUUCUACAUGAGGCUUUAUGUUGCCGUGUUAGAUGGCAAAACUUCACAGAACUUUAACAAUUUUAAUAGAGCGAACAAUUGCACGCCUGCUGCUGAGGAGGGCAGUGAAGAACAGCCGUGCUUCAUAGCUUUGUUUAGUAGAAUGGGUGCAUUUAAUCAAGGAGUAGAUUCGCAGCUCCAAGGGCAUACCGGUGAAUCUGCAAUGGCCACACUUACAUCCACAGCAUUAGGAAGAGAACAACUAUGGAUUAAUGCAAGUGCAUCUUUCAUCCGAGCAAGACUUCUCUUGCAGCUGAUACAGCCUCAACAAACAUCUUUUGUACUGGAUAAAAAUGUGACGGCUCAGCUGCACAUCGGAAAGCAGUUGAACAUGCUUGGGCUACAAGAGGAAACCCAAAUGUUAAUCAGUGAACUGAUGAGUGAAGAUCUAUCACCAGAGGGAUUGAGAGAAGAGGGGCAAAUUGACACAAAAAGCACCCUGGCCCUAACAUCGUUCCAAAUGCCGUCUGAUGCGGAGUUUACAGCGAAAUGGUUUAACAAGAUAAGCAGCAGCAGCGUGUCUUCCUUUACAUAUGAAGAUAAACCGUAAUUAAAUACA